AUGUCUCAAGCAUCGCAACGUCUCUCCCAGGUCACUUCGCACCUUUCUAGCAAGGGUGGAGUCGCUGCCAUCACCACCAAAAACCCCGAUGAUAUUGUAGUGACCUGUGCCCUGCGAUCUGCCCUCACCAAAGGUGGCAAGGGCGGCUUCAAGGACACCGCCGCAUCUGAUCUGCUGGCUGGCGUAUUCAAGUCUCUGAUCAAAAAAUCCAAGAUCGACCCCGCGCUGGUCGAGGAUAUUGCUGUUGGAUCAGUCUUGCCUCCCGGAGGAGGUGCUACUGAGUUCCGUGCCGCCGCUCUGGUCGCUGGGUUCCCCGUGACUACCUCUGUCAAGGCUCUCAACAGACAGUGCUCCAGCAGUCUCCAGGCAAUUGUUGAUAUUGCCAACGCCAUCAAGGCCGGAAUGAUUGAGGUUGGCAUCGGUGCUGGCGUUGAGAGCAUGUCGCAACAAUAUAGCCCUGCCGCCGUGUCUGAUUUCUCCGAACUGCUGGAAAACAACCAAGAAGCCGCCAACUGCAAGGUGCCCAUGGGUGUCCUCUCUGAGAAAAUGGCCAAGGACCGCAAAAUCACUCGUGCUGAGCAGGACGCCUUUGCCGCAUCCUCCUACCAAAAAGCCAUCAAGGCGCAAGAGGCCGGUCUCUUCAAUGAAGAGAUUGUCCCAUUGACCGUCAAAGUCGUCGAUCCCAAAACCGACAAAGAAUCCACCAUCACCGUCUCCCGCGAUGACGGCGUUCGUCCGGGUAUCACAGCCGAAUCGCUCUCCAAGAUCCGCCCCGCCUUUGCCAAGGACGGCAGCAUUCAUGCAGGCAAUUCGUCGCAGAUUUCAGAUGGCGCUGCCGCCGUGCUGCUCAUGAAGCGUUCCACUGCUGAGCGCCUGGGCCAGAAGAUCAUUGGCAAAUACGUCACUGCCAGCGUGGUUGGUGUCGAGCCACUUCUCAUGGGUAUAGGGCCAUGGAAGGCUAUCCCCGUCGCUCUUGAGAAGGCCGGCUUGUCUAGGAGUGAUGUGGAUAUUUAUGAGAUUAACGAGGCGUUUGCGUCACAGUGUGUGUGGUGUGUUAAGGAGCUAGGACUUCCGUUGGAGAAAGUUAACCCCAAGGGUGGUGCUAUUGCCUUUGGACACCCGCUUGGCUGCACGGGUGCUAGACAGGUUUGCACUCUCCUGACCGAGUUGAAGAGGACCGGGAAAAAGACUGGUGUUACUAGUAUGUGUGUUGGUACCGGGAUGGGUAUGGCUGCUGUCUGGGUGGCGGAGUGA